AUGAGGCAUGCUCCAACGAUCGUGAUGCUGCUGCUCCUCUGUGCAUUUCUCCUAGCCGCGCAGCCAUCCAGUGCAAGCCGCGCAUCUUGGCGCCACCUGAACCGCGCAUGGUGGAACGGCGGGGAGAAUGCUCACCUCGCGGCGCCCUCCUGUGGAAACUCCGGCAACUUUUCAGCACCAGCACCCGUCUACAUCGUUCGACUGAGAUCGGCUCCUCCCCUUUCCGAAUAUCGCGGCGGAAUUGCGGGCUACCCCGCGACGGCCACGUGGGACGACGGCAGCGACGAGGAGGACAGCGACGCCGUUCCGCUAAUGAUUCUACCAACAGGCAAUUCCGCCGCCGCCGCAAGCGGCGAGUCUGUCGACCUGGACGACACUGACGGCGACCACCUCCUCCCCAACGCAACUGUACCCGCGCCGAACCCAAACGCCACAUUUGAGGUCGCAGUUGGUACUCCCAGCGCUCGCGGAGGUCGCGGUGGUAACGGAGACGGUAACGGAGGAAGUAACGGUGGCUGCGGGUGCCCGUGGCACCGGCUGAGUCUGAGCAUGGACCGCCCCCAGGUGGUGGCGUUCGCGGCGCUGUUGCAGCGGCAGCAAGCGCAGGUGGCAUCUGAGGCGGGCGUACCCGACGACGGGCUGCUCUACAACUACAAGCACACGUCCAACGGCUUCGCCGCGCGCCUCACGCCGCGCCAGCUGUGGCGGCUGCGGCGCCACCCCACCGUGGCGUCCGUCCGCGCCAGUCGCGUGUUCCGCCAGGAGACGAUCGACUCGCCGCAGUUCCUGGGGCUGCCCGGGAAGGUGUGGCCGGCAAUGGACGGGCAAAGCAAGGCGGGCGAGGGCACGGUGGUGGGGAUCGUGGACACGGGUAUUUGGCCCAAACACCCGUCCUUCAGCGAUAAGGGCCUCUCCUCGCAGCUGCCCGCGGGGUGGAAGGGCAACAUAUCUGGGAAGGCGCCGCAGGGGGUGAAGGUGACUGUGUCUUCAAAGACCCUCACGCUGGCUCCCGGGGAGAAGGCCACCUACACGCUGACGGUGACGGUGGAUACCCCCAGUAAUGACUUCAACCAGCUGGCGCCUGUAGUCACCAGCAGAGCGCCCCACCCAGGUGCCCCCAUCGGCGCUCACCACUUGCCGAGGGAGCAGUGGAAGGAACCAACUAGCGGUGCGCUGAGGGAGAGGGAAGAUGAUAACGAUGAAGCUGCUGGUGAGUCAGUUUUCCCUGGGGGUGCCAUACGAAUGCAUGUGGUAGCGAUGGAGAAGUGGAAGGAGUCGACGAGUGGCGCGCUGAGGAAGCUGCCGUACCUCUCUCCACUCCCCCUACCCCUCUCUCUUCCCCCUUUCCCCCCCUCCCUCCCCAUUCGCCCUCCCCCAUACCCGCUCAUUCUGCCCACAUUCCUCUCGCGGCACCCCACCCCAUCGCCCAACAUGUUUGAGUCGCUGCUGCGCACAGCAGAGGCGGUGGGGAUAGCAGUUGACACGUCCUCCUCCAAGAAUCUCGCUGACUCGCUUGACCGCGCCAUGGCAGUGGGGGUUGCUGUGGACACCUCCUCCUUCAAGAACCUUGCUGGCUCGCUUGACCAAGCUGUGGGCCCAGAUCUGUACUUCAAGAAGCUCAUCCGCAGUCUCACCGCGCGCCCAGCAAAGACCUCUGUGGCUUCGUCUCAAGACUCAUUUCCCCCUCUUGGCCCUGUUGUUUGCCUUGCCCCUGGCCCUGACCCUUGUUUCAACAAGCUUAUCCGCAUCCUCACCAGUCGCUGCAUGACUCAGCCCACCCCAUCCCUCCCUUAUCCAUGUCCCUGCCUCUCAUCCUACCGCUCAACAUCUUCCCAGGCGGUGUAUUUCCCCAGUGGCCAGCUGGCCCCUGCAAAGUACCACCACUACGGCCUGGCUGUCCCAAUUUACACCCAUUUCACCUUGCCCAUCCGCCGCUACGCCGAUGUGGUGGUGCAUAGGCUGCUUGCUGCAGCCAUCGGGUGGACACCGCUGCCGGAUCAGACCAAGGAUAAGACUGCACUCACCGACAACCUCAACUAUCGCAACCGCAAUGCUCAUAUGGCAGGGCGAGCAUCGGUGGAGCUUCACACACUCAUCUUCUUCCGCACUCGGUAA